AUGUCGUAUCUAUCGUUUAGCAUAGGCUCUUCGCUCGCGCUUCUUACCUACGGAGUACACAUGGACUCUCUCGUGGCCCUCGGGUCUUAUUUUGAGGAACACAGGACGCAAGCCAGAGUGCGCAUCGUCGUCAUGGCCCUUCUCCUGUGCUUUAUCCUGGGUACCGAACUACUCCUCCGAAUUAACGGAAACACCGAGCGGGAAACCGUCAUUGGUUGCGCGAUACGAUAUGAAUCGUCCGCUGACCCGUACAUCAUCUCUGUGUGGCUCGCUCUCUCCUGGUGGUUUGCAUCCGGUUUCCGCAGUGCCACGUCGCAGCUCCGUGCCGCCCGCUCCGAGUUUCCACGGACUCAUACUUUGGUACACUGGUUAGUGAUUGUGGUACACAGGGGCGCCGAAUCGACAAGUGACCUGGAAUAUUGGGCUCUGCGCGAGACGCUGAGUAUCCGUCACGAGUAUACGAGGAGGCACAACAUCCUCCUCCAGAGUUCUCCGAAACUCCCGUUUCGGAUCACGGCUCCCAUUAUCGCUUCGGCCAUGAUUGACGACAUUUGGCAGUCACUGAUUAUCACCAUUAUUUUAAAUCUCGGCUUCACAAUAUUUGCAAUGAAUGCUCUGAUAAUCAAUGUCGUUACUGAAGGUGUUAACUACAAGGCGCUUUUAGAGCCCAAGUUUGGCCAGGUUCUACCUCUGGUCCUUUUGUUCGGCUUCUUCCUUACUAUAAUGGAGGCUAACGGUGUUUCGACAGAAUCCGCCAAGAAGAGCAUGGAAGAUGUAAAUCACGCAUCCCGUACAAAUUCUGUAGCGAACGAACCUACAUCCGCCGUGGUAGGAACGAGUUACCCAGUAACUACGGAUGAACGUAUCUCUCCCCCAAACACACAGCCCACUGGGGUCGAAGGGAGUCACCAGACGGCAGCCGAAGUUAUGAUGUCCAGCGGGCUCUCGAGACGGCUGACAGGCGACACCAUGCGCAACAUGGGCCCGUCUACAGUCAAUCGCCAACCAUCGCCGGUGCUCGAGGUCUUGGAACUGACCAGCAACACCACGCCGCCGAGCAGAGUCAACACGCUGCAAAUGGAAUCCGGAGUAAGAGACAAUCCCCCCUGA